AUGCUUUCCCGGGGUUGGGUCGGGCGCUCACGCUUCAGAAACACCUCUGCACCUUGCCGCUUUCUCUCAGCUGGCAACAAACCUCCUGGGGUUGCGAUAGUGUCGGGAGGAAGCUCGGGCAUCGGUCUGCGUGUGGUUCGCCGUCUCAUGGAGGAAGGAUGGCUAGUUCACAACAUCUCGAGAUCUGUUUGCCCCGUCCCAGGCAUUCGCACGCACUCCUUCGAUCUCACGUGUGUUGACGAGGCGCGAGGAGCUGCACGCUCCGUUGUUGAGACAAUGGGUGGAGCAGAAAGCCGAUCACGCGUAUCCUUCAUCCAUUGCGCCUCAGUCUUUAGAGCAGACAGUAUCAAAGCUUUCAACGUGAAGGACAUGAGAGACUCGCUGAAUAUCAACGUCAUCGCUCCUGGCGUGAUCUUAGAUUCUAUCCGACCCUUCAUGAAGGAAGGCUCCUCGGUGAUCCUUAUCGGUUCGACGCUGUCCGAGAAGGCUGUAGCAGGUCGCUGCUCCUACAUUACAUCCAAGCAUGCUACAGACUUGUUCGGUAGCGGCAUCCACACAGUCUGCGUCUGUCCUGGCUUCACAGACACCCCGAUGCUGCAACGAGAGAUGAAGGAUGAGGAGCAGGCGAAAAAAUUCUUCAAGCAGUUCGUCUCGUUGGGGCGCAUGAUCAGUCCAGAAGAGGUCGCAGAGAGCAUAUUCCACGCUGUAAAUAUGCCUGCCCUGAACGGAAGCAUUCUACAUCUCAAUGGAGGACAGAAGGAGACCUACUUCCAUGUCGCCGAUAAAACGGUGGUCUCUAAGUGUGAACCAAAUCUCCAAAGACCUUUGUAA